CAUCAUGCCAUCGCUCGAUGUCCCAUCGUUGAAACAUAGCCACACCCGCGUUAUUAUUCAAUAUCCAUAAUACCUAAAGAACAUACUAUUCCAGCGCUAGACAAAGAGUUCUUUCCACAAAUACCGAGACCUACCUGCGCAGCAUCAUCCCCAUCACUCAUUCUGAUAUGGCCCAAGCAGCGGGGCCCCAAGGCCAUUUCAAUGUCCCCUGGUCCGACUUAACAACACCAUCAAACCGAAACACAUCACUACUCAAGCGGUCGUUCGAGACCAACACCACAAUCACAAAGCGCGCACUGGCCAACUCGCCGCGGAGAAGCACACGCGAUGAGCUGGGCGCCGUACUACUAAUGAUAUUCAUCAUGUUCUGCUACGCUAGCGCUUGGUAUGGAAUGAAGGUGCCUUUGCAUCGGGUACUUCGCACACCAGACGGAAUAUCCCACUCGACGAGGGAAGACUGGUUUAGAGAUGCUCUCCUCGUCUCAACAGUCGCACUCGUAUGCAGCUUUGCUUCUUGGCUACUGGGACUUUAUCUUGUACAUCACGCGAUGCAGUCCUGGUGGUAUGGUCAAAUAUUAUUGGUACUGAGGAUUCUCGAGACAGCGAUUGAUGUGUUGUUGGCGGUCGUCUGGAUUUUUGGGUUGUACGCGGUGUGGCGCUUGAGGUACAGGUUAAGAAAUUGGCGCCGUCACCGUUGAAAACUUAGGUUGGAUGGAGUUGUUGACGAUGAUGCUGUGAUGACAUUUAUGAGUAGCAGUCUGGCAGUAUGUGUCGAUAGGGGGGCUUUGAUGCUCGGUAUUGGUUGAGAUAGCGGGAUAUUGUUAGC